CCUGUUAUAAAAAGGCAGGCCAGGGAAACCAAAAAGGAGAGGAAAAUAGACGAGGAAGUGCUGCAAUGGGGGCCACUGCUAAGUCUCCGAUUCCCAUCAUCUACUUCUCCGCCGCCUGCCUCUUCUUCUCUUUCCUCUCCGCCGCCGUUGCCGUCCCGGAAGAGCAAGAGAGGGACCGCAUCGCGGCCCUUCCCGGCCAGCCGCCGGUCGAAUUCUCGCAAUUCUCCGGGUAUGUUACUGUAGACGAGGACCACGGCCGGGCGCUCUUCUAUUGGCUGACCGAAGCAACCACCGACCCGGAUCACAAGCCUCUCGUUCUCUGGCUUAAUGGAGGGCCAGGUUGUUCCUCGGUGGCUUACGGGGCAUCUGAGGAAAUAGGUCCGUUCCGGAUCAACAAAACCGGUUCUUCUCUCUAUCUCAACAGGUUUUCGUGGAACAAAUUGGCAAAUAUUCUGUUCCUGGAAUCGCCGGCUGGUGUGGGCUUCUCCUACACAAAUACAAGCUCUGACCUGACACACAGUGGGGACAAUAGAACAGCUCAUGAUGCCUUGAAUUUCCUCAUAAGAUGGAUGUCAAGAUUCCCACAGUACCAACACAGAGAAUUCUACAUUGCUGGAGAGAGUUAUGCAGGGCAUUAUGUUCCCCAGUUAGCAAACAAAAUCUUUGACUACAACAAAGGAUCAUCCAAGCCAAUCCUCAACUUUAAAGGGUUUAUUGUUGGAAAUGCUGUUACAGACAACAACUAUGACAACAUUGGGACGGUGACGUACUGGUGGACUCAUGCAAUGAUUUCGGACAAGUCAUAUAAGACUAUCCUAAACUCAUGCAACUUUACAUCGCAUACGACUUCAUCCAAGUGUGACGAUGCAGUGGAUUAUGCCGUGAACAAUGAAUUUGGGAGCAUUGACCAGUAUAGCAUAUAUACACCAUCUUGUAGGGAAACAAGCAACAGUAGUGGUACCCUCAUAAGACUCAAGAACACCCUUAUACACAGAAGAGUCUCUGGCUAUGAUCCAUGUACCGAACGUUAUGCAGAAAUAUAUUAUAACCGACCAGAUGUGCAGAAAGCCAUGCAUGCAAAUUCUACAGCAAUUCCUUACAAGUGGACCGCUUGCAGUGACACAUUGUUAAAGAACUGGAACGAUACAGAAAUUUCAAUGCUACCGAUAUACAGGAAGCUGAUAGCUGCUGGUCUUAGAAUUUGGGUGUUCAGUGGAGAUACAGAUUCAGUUGUUCCUGUAACAGCCACAAGGUUCUCUCUUAGCCACCUCAAUCUCAAGAUUCAUACACCAUGGUACCCUUGGUACAUUGCCGGGCAGGUGGGAGGGUGGGCGGAGGUGUAUAAAGGACUCACCUUUGCAACAGUGAGAGGAGCUGGCCAUGAAGUGCCCUUGUUUCAACCAAGGAGAGCUUUUCUAUUGUUCAAGUCAUUCUUGGCUGGCAAACAAUUGCCCAAAUCUUGAUAGCAACCUGCGAUGCUUCUGAUACAAUUCAUUGUUCCCGUGAAAAUUACGGGACUAGCUAAAUAGAACAAGAUUUAUUUAUUGCAAUAUGUAUCAGAAUAGUCAUGAUUCAAUAAAAAGAAAAAUGAUUAUUAUGG